CUUUCCCUUCCUCUCGCAAACACACUCGCAAAAACCCUUCAAAUGCUUUGGCUGACGCAGUCUCUCUCUGGCAAACGCUCUCCAAUUCGUGAAAGCACAACUUUCCCUCUCUCUCGCAAACGCUCCAGCCGCCGUAGAUCUCGACUUUCUCUCUCUCUUGAAAAUGCUCUUGGUGUCAUUUGAAGGAGCUCACCAAACGCUCGCAAAAACCCUCGCAUCCGCUGUGAUACACGUUCGCCGUCGAAAUCAACCUCUAGCCACUGCUGUCUCUUCCUCUUCCCUAUUCAUCUUCGUUCGUCGUCUCAAGUUGUUCGAUGCUUCUCCUCCCUCAUCCGUUUGAUGCAAAAUCUAGAAAAUAUCCAUGUGAAUCCACAUAAUGCAGAGGUACAAAAACAACUAAAUGAGAAUCCAUUCCUUUUCUCAUCCUUUUCAGUUGGGAGAAGCUCUCUUUUUGAAGAAAUCGACAAAACACAUCUGGAAGUGCCUUUCAAUCGCAAUCACAAGUUGGUGGUAAAAAUUGUGGCUAAAGUGAAAGAUGAACAUAAGCUAUUUGAUGAAAUGCGAAGGAGAAUUUUAAGUUUUAAGAACCACAAGUAUUUGGUUUCUUUUUUAAACAAGGAGCAUUUGGAGCAUUUUCAAGUUCUUGCAGAACUACAAGUCCCUUACCUGGUCGGUGGAGAUGCCGAUUGA